AUGUUUUCAGGGACUUUGAGGAAAGGACACAAACAAAAGGAGGCAAGCCAAAACAAGAGAAGACCUUUAAAAGGAAGAGCCAGCCCCUACCCCCAACCUCCGCCCGUUCUCCCCCAUCCCAAACCCCAAACCCCCCUCCCCUCCUUCCAAAUCCCAACCCCCGUCCCCUCCUCCCCCACCCCAAACCCCAACCCCCUCGUACCCUCCACCCCUGUCCCCUCCUCAAAUGACUUUGAGGAAAGGACACUUAUAAAAGGCAAGCCAAAACAAGAGAAGAUCAGUAAAAGGAAGAGGUUUGGGUUUUAUUCUCAAAUAAACCUGGAAAAAGGGACUUUGAGGAAAGGACACUUACAAAAGGAGGCAAGCCAAAACAAGAGAAGUCCAUCAGAGAAGAUUCAAGAAAGAGGUUUGCAUGAACUUAUUCUUAAAGAAUCCAGAAAAAGGGACUUGGCAAAGGACUCGGAAAAACCUGGGCAAGCUGAAAGGAAGAGAAGUCCAAUGCACAGUUCUGACAAAAUGGAGGAGAGCUCUUGA